AUGCUUGAUAUCAGUUUUUCAUUCCCCAUAUAUAUAUAUAUAUNAUCAGGUGAUAUUUUGGAGAAGUAUUCUAAGAGUAGUAAUUUAGAAGGCGAUAAGUAUGCUAAGAGAAGUAAUUUAGAAGGCAAUUCUAAAGAACCAACAGCAAAGGAAAGGAAGCAGACUGGAUCCACAGGUAACUCUCAGAGAUCAAUCAAAGAAAAGAGAAAUGUUGAUUCAAUUAAAUCUAGUUCUGCUGCAUCUAGGAUUCUGAUCAAUAGGGAACUAAAUGCUGAUUUAGAAGCCGAUAAACCACUUUCUAAGAAAGAAAAAAUGUUGGCAGAACAUAGCGUGGGGAAAAAUUCCAAAGCAAUUGAUUCCCUGAAAAGACAGAUUCCUUUUCUUGAGAAAGAGGGAGAAAAGAGAAAUGUGAGCUCAUGGAAAUCCAUGGAUGCUUGGAAAGAGAAGAGAAAUUGGGAGGACAUACUUGGAACUCCGCAUCGUGUAGCUUCCCCUUUUUCUUGUUCACCAGGCAUGAGCAGGAAAAGUGCUGAUCGUGCACGCAUUUUGCAUGAUAAACUUAUGUAUCCUGAGAAGAAGAAAAAAUCAGCUCUUGACCUUAGAAAGGAAGCAGAAGAGAAACAUGUGCGAGCCACUAGAAUCAGAACUCAACUUGAGAAUGAGAAAAUGCAAAAGCUUCAACGCACUUCAGAUAAACUGAACCGUGUGAAUGAGUGGCAUACUGUUCGCAGCAAUAAGUUGCGAGAGUCAAUGUUUGCUCGCCACCAGCGUAGUGAAUCUAGGCACGAAGCUUAUUUGGCUCAGGUUGUGAGAAGAGCUGGUGACGAAAGCAGUAAAGUUAAUGAGGUACAAUUCAUCACCUCGCUAAAUGAAGAGAAUAAAAAGCUUAUAUUACGGCAGAAACUUCAGGAUUCAGAAUUGAGGAGGGCUGAGAAACUUCAAGUGAUGAAAAUCAAACAAAAAGAGGACAUGGCUAGGGAAGAAGCUGUUCUGGAACGCAAAAGGCUCAUUGAAGCAGAAAAGUUGCAGCAUCUUGCGGAGACACAGCGAAGGAAAGAAGAGGCUCAAGUAAGACGGGAAGAAGAACGCAAAGCAUCAAAUGCAGCACGAGAAGCGAGGGCUAUGGAACAGAUGCGAAGAAAGGAGGUACGAGCCAAAGCUCAACAGGAGGAGGCUGAACUCCUGGCUCAGAGAUUAGCGGAAAGACUCAGUGAAAGUGAACAGCGACGCAAGUUUUAUCUUGAACAAAUACGUGAAAGAGCAUCAAUGGAUUUCAGGGAUCAAUCUUCACCUUUAUUGCGGCGCUCUAUGAAUAAGGAUGGUCACUCUCAAGGCAGAUCUACUCUAACUGGUAAUCAAGAAGAUUAUCUGGUAAACAAUAGUGGUGCAGGAGGCUCUAAUAUUGCAACUGCCAAUGAGUCAUUGCAACACUCAUUGAAGCGAAGAAUAAAAAAAAUCCGGCAAAGACUUAUGUCACUAAAACAUGAAUUUUCUGAUCCUCCUGUUGGUGUCGAAAAUUCUGGCAUAGGUUAUAGGACUGCUGUGGGAAGUGCAAUGGGAAAAAUUGCCAGAUGGCUUCAGGAACUGCAAAAACCUCGCCAAGCGAGAAAAGAGGGUGCUUCUAAUUUUGGACUAAUAACUGCUGAAAUAAUCAAGUUCCUGGAGGGAAGGGAUGCUGAGCUGCAGGCUUCUCGCCGAGCUGGUUUAAAUUAA